AAUCUGAUGAUGUGCAAGUCAGCCAAGUGGCAGGAGGAGAAGUACGUCUUCAAGGAUUGUGUGAAGCUUGAGAACUGCAAAGUGGAAGACACUGUGUUGGCUACCUCGGGAGGAACCAUCAGGAACAAGCAGAACAGCUUCUUUCUAGUGGUCAGUGGUAAUAAGAAAGCUUACACCAUCAUCACCAAGGACCUUGAUUCUAAGGAAAAGUGGAUGAAAAGUAUAACAGAUGCCAUAGAGAGUUUAUCUCCUCCAGAAAAUCAGACACAAAACCACUCCUUUUCAAUCACUACAUUCAAGAUGCCAAAUACCAGAUGUAGUAUAUGUAAAAAGCUAAUGAAAGGAUCUAUUUUCCAGGGCUAUCAGUGCCCAACGUGUAAGAUGAUUGUUCAUAAGUCUUGCCUGAACAAGUUAACGCAGAACCAUACGUGUACUAUUGAAUACCCAGGGAAUCAAUUUUCUGUUUCGCUGGCUGUCCCCCACAAUGCACCACAGCCUCCAAUACCGGAUAACCUCCAGGUGCAGGAGUAUCCUUGGUGGGCAGAGAGAAUGUCAAGGAAUGAAGCUACAAUUCACUUAGGAUUGGCGGCUGAAGGGACCUUUCUCCUCCGGUGGUCAGACCACAACGAGCAGCCUGUUUUGUCGCUCAAGGCCAUGGGGGAAGUGAAACACAUGCGUGUCUAUAGACAAGAGGAAACAGGCUACUUCUAUCUGAGUGAAGCCCGUUAUUUCACGUCUGUGGUGGACCUCGUUCACCAUUACAGAAGUUCACCUCUCUCAGAAAGUUUUACUGGGCUUGAUUGUUGUUUGCGUCGGCCAAUAUAUGACACAGCAAUAGUACGAUAUCCAUAUGAGGGGCCUGGAGCUGGACACCUCAGGCUUGUCCAAGGGCAGAGAGUCAUAAUAAUUAGUAGAGAAGGAGAGGGCCGUGGCUGGUGGAAGGGUCGAAUUGUAUCAAGGAUGGGAUACUUCCAAGAGAAUAUGUCACCCUGGAAACUGACCCCCUUGCUGGUUGGUAAUGCUGCAACCAACAGGUUUUACAGCCGAUCCAGUAGUUUCAAGUUUCUAGUGGAACAUUGCCAAGAUUGUUUACAUAGCAACUUUACUCAUGACUCCUACACCAACAGAUGUAGCAGUUCUAGUACUUCAGGGAAGUCUGUCAUGGUAUUUGGGAAACCCCUGCCAGUAGCAAGUGAUAUACUUUCUUUAAAUGCUUUGCAGCAAGGGGAAUUACCUUCUAUCUUCCCUCUAAAUGUAGAGCAAGUGCAAAAAUUGACUGCUCCAAUUGGCUCAUGUUGCAUGGUGGACAAGGAGAUAGAUCAAGUUGCUAAGUAG